AUGGCUCAAGAAAUUGAACAUUAUCUAAUGGAAAAAUUCAAGAAAGUUCUUGAUGGGAAAGACAAAAGUAUCUCCAAAAUUCCCAGGUACAACCAAUUUCAAGAAAUAAAGUCUUUGCUUGUAGACAUUUUCAGCUCAUUCUCCCCUGUAGAUUCAUCCAUCAGGGACAAGCUUUACUACCUCAACAAUGUUGUCACUGAGUGCCAGAUGCUAACAAGAAAACACGGUUUCAAUUCUCCUGAGGAGCUACUCACCAUUAACAGAAUCAGAAGGGAGUUAAAUAAGAUCAAGAGGGAACUCAAGGCUACGAAAGAUAAACUACAACCUAACAAUGGUGUUUCAAGCUCACAGGACACGGAGACAAGCUCACGGGACACAGGGAUUUCGAGGUGGACUACUCAUGUAGUAGAUGAUUCCAAGGUUUAUGGAUUUGAUGAUAAUGUGGUGUCAAUGGAAAAGUUGCUUCUUGAAAAAGAAAGUCAUGAUCGGUUCAAGGCAGUAGGCAUUGUUGGUAGGGAAGGGAUAGGCAAAACAACACUUUGCCAAUUGAUAUUCAACAAACCAGAGGUGAAAAACAACUUCCUUCCAAGGAUCUGGGUGUGUAUGGCCAGACACCCGGAUGACAAUGAGGAUCCAAAACUAGCAAUUGUGAAAAGAAUGUUGAUGCAGCUUGGAGUUGAAAAGAAAAUGGUCAGUUUCAUUUUUAAUGAGAAGCGUGGCCUCGAAGGACUGCUAUGUGCUCUUCACCUGCAAUUGGUGGGGAAGAGGUAUCUGAUUGUGCUUGAUGAUGCUAGGGAGACCGACACAUGGUACGGAAAGUUGGAUUCUUGUCUGACUAGUGAUAAGAAAUGGGACGAUGGGUUUGCAUUCGGAUUGCCAAAAGGGAAUGGGGGUAGAGUCAUAGUCACAAGUAGGAAUGAAGAACUAGCAAAGAUGAUGGUUGGAGAAGAAAAUAUACAUCGCCUUUUGCCGCUUUCAGACCCUGAAAGCUGCUGGAAAAUAUUCGAAGACGCAGUUGAGAAUGAUCCGAUUCUAUUCUAUCCUUCAGACUUGGAAGAUCUGAAGUUGGAAAUCAAUCAAAAAUGUGGGGGCCUUCCAUUAGCAGCAAAAAUGAUGGGACAGGCAAUGCAUGAACAAGUUCCGAAGUAA